CUUGCCGCAAUGGGCGCUGCCAGGAUAUUAUCAGCAAAGUGGAAAUGGUCAUUGGGAGCUGGCCUACUUCUGAGCAGGCGCAACAUUGGGACUUGGACAAGCCGGGACCGCAUACCUCCAUCCCCCUCGAAGCGUGAAUCGGAUGUCUCGCCAAAAAAAGACACUCACGAGGAUCGCGCUCCAGCAGAGCAUCUUUCAGCGGAUCAGCUUUCAGCAUGGGAAAAAUUAACGCAGAAACUCGGGGUUACGAAGGACCCCUUCAGUCCUGCGGAGUGGACGGAACAUUUGAAAAGCUACAUUAUACCGACAUGGACGUCGCUACUUCCAGAGAAACUACAAAAUCUCCAACGGGAGCUGUCUAUGGCUCCAGGAUCCCUGGCAGAUGAAAUAUGGAGGGAAGCCCAAGACGCAAGCGUAAAUCCGGAAAUAACCAGGGAAGCCAGAGUUCGAAUUAGUGAGGGACUAUGCCGUCAGGAGCAGUACUUCCAAUGGCGACGCCGUCGAGCGGUCGCGAAGAGGUUGGCGACAUAUCUUGGCCUUAAAGAAGAGGUCCACCCAGACGAUGUACCAGUCAUUGCAAUGUGUGCGUCUGGUGGUGGCUUGCGUGCGCUUGUUGCAGGCACUGGCUCAUACCUUGCUGCUAAGGAAGCCGGACUCUGGGAUUGCACUAUGUACACUGCUGGUGUCAGUGGGUCUUGCUGGUUACAAGCGAUCUAUCACUCUUCACUUGGGAGGCAAGACUUCGACACAAUGAUAAAACACCUCAAAAGCAGACUUGGAGUUCAUAUCGCCUUCCCACCUAAUGCCUUGAAUUUACUAACGACUCCGCCAACGAAUAAGUAUCUACUCAGGAGCUUGGUGGAAAAGUUAAAGGGCGAUAAAGAUGCAGAUUUUGGCCUAGUUGAUAUCUAUGGGCUUUUAUUGGCUUCGAGACUGCUCGUGCCUUCCGAUGGAGACAUUAGCCCUCUAGACCGAGACCUCAAGUUAUCCAACCAGCGAUUGCACGUUGAUCCUGGGGCGCAGCCUUUGCCUAUAUACACUGCUGUUCGCCAUGAGAUACCUGAAGUUUCUGGUUUAAAAGACGAAGAUGAGUUGGACGAGGCGCGCAAACAGGCUAAACGGGAAAGUUGGUUCCAAUGGGUUGAAUUUACACCACAUGAAUUGUUUUGCGAAGAGCUGGGAGCGGGCAUCCCGAUCUGGGCGCUGGGACGGCAGUUUCAAGGUGGCAAAGACAUUCCACCACCGCAUGGGUAUUCAAGUCCUGAGUUGAGGAUUCCCGCUUUAAUGGGAGUCUGGGGAAGCGCGUUCUGUGCGACUUUAGCCCAUUAUUACAAAGAAAUACGUCCAGCACUGGCGGGAAUAUCGGGGUUCAGCGGAAUUGGUUCUCUUAUAGAGGAGAGAAAUGAGGAUCUAUCCCGGGUGCAUCCGAUUGAUCCAGCAACCGUGCCCAAUUUUGUGUUGGGAUUGGAGGGUAAAUUACCCGAGUCUUGCCCAGAGUCCAUUUUUAAAGACUCUCACCUGCGCCUGAUGGAUGCAGGAAUGAGCAAUAACCUACCUAUUUAUCCAUUGCUACGUGCGGGGCGAGACGUCGAUCUCAUCAUUGCAUUUGACGUUUCGGCAGAUAUCAGGGAGGACAACUGGCUCUCUGUGGUCGACGGCUAUGCCCGCCAGCGCGGCAUAAAGGGCUGGCCAAUGGGAGCGGGAUGGCCAAAGAGUGAAGUUCCGCCCGAAGAAACGGCAUCCGUCCUUGAAGUUGCAGAGAAGAGCCAAGAGAACACCGAGCGCCUUCAGCAAGUAGGUGCAGGGACCUCUGAUCGAGUGCCAAAGUUCCCAGCCAGAUUUGAACCUGGCAUGGCUGCCGACCUUACUUAUUGUAAUAUUUGGAUUGGCACUAUGGAGGAAAGGACAUCGGCGAAGGAACCACCUCCAUCUAAGAGAUUGUUAUUCCCAGAUUCAGGGGAGGGUCAGGAUUCUGACUUCCAUCUUAUGAGGCCCGACGCUGGGAUUGCAGUCGCUUAUUUCCCGUUACUCCCGAAUCCUAUGGCUCCUCCUCUUGUUUCCAAACCCAAAAACUCCGAAUCCGGUGGCAAAGACUCAAAGAGGGCCGGAUCGACCAACACCGACUCCGAUACUGGGAAGUCUGGCGACACCGUUCCGCUAGAUCCGGCUAAAGACGACUUUAUGAGCACUUGGAAUUUUGUAUAUACUCCGGAGCAAAUCGAUGCUGUGGUUGCUCUAGCAAAAUCGAAUUUCGCCGAGGGCGAGGACCAAGUGAAGCGAGUAGUCAGAGGGAUAUAUGAGCGGAAGAAGAAGGCGCGGUUAGACAGGCAGAGGGAAGAAGAUCUGCAAGGUCUCAGUCAAUUCUCGUAGCAUCGUGCAUAGCAAGAUUCGUGGUAAUUCAAUACAUUUAGUUUUACACUGAA